AUAAGAGGAUGAACAGUACUUCUCCACUAAACUCUAAAUACUGUAGCUACAGUAAUUACUAUAGUGUACAGUAAAUAUUAUAGAGAGCGUCGGCUACAUUUAAUGAUCUCAACAAUUCUGUUGGGGAGGCUGAGACGCACACGCUCCCACUCCCUCUGCCUGCUGCUCUACUCAGCUGCGCUCGUCUCCACUCUUCGUUGGAUUGGGAUCGCCUCCUGCUCUUGCUUGCCUUUGUCGUCCACCCUUCCUUUGCUUAUCCCGUCCUUUCUCAUUGCUUUUGUUUUUUUCGUUUUUUUCUUUCCCUCUUUCUCCGUUUUCUUGCUGGGUGCAAUUGAACUGUUUAUCGUUGUUGGUGAUUCAUAGCAUUUUUACGUUCGGCUGUUGACCUCGCGCCUUCUUUCAUCUCUAUCCAGUGCCUCACCCGAUUUUUCACACCGCCUUUGGUUUAGGGUUUUAUUUUAUUAUUUUCAAAAAUUUCGUCGCACAUUCUGACUAUGUUAUCUAGAGUCCUUUCCUUCUUUGCGAAGCGCGGCAAGCAGCUGGCCGGUUCUGACAAGGCUGGUAACACCUACUAUCGCCAAUUUAAGGAUAUCGAUGGCACAGUCAAGGAGCGCCGAUGGGUUGAGUUUGGAGGCUCUUCAGUUGUGGAGCUCAUACCUGUUGAAUGGAAUAGCUGGCUCAAUGGAAGACGUAAAGAACCUCCUACCCCUGAGGAAAUGAUGGAAUUUGAAGCACGCCGAAACGCCAUCAAGGCCAAGGUUGCAUUGCUUGAGAAAGAAGAGGAGAAGCGUCGAUAUCGUGCUAAAGCACUUCAGCAAGGAAUUAACGGAGAUGAUCUCUCUCCGCACACUAUGACACGGUAUUUGCAGCAAGUCACCGAAAGUGAUGUUCCUGUGCAGCAAAACGAUGACUCCAAGGUUGUACAAAAAGUGGGUGAUUCUGAGCCAAAAUUCGAACCGGAAGCCUGGAAUCCAAGUCUCCCUUCCAAGAAGUAAUGUCGUCUACGAUCAUUUAUGCUGUAGGCUUAUAUUCUUUAAAACUAGUCAACUUUCUAAUGCUCUUGGACCAGAAUUCUAUCCAAUGAACGAGGAGUUUAUAAAUUUAGUUUAAAGCUCUGUCCGAUGCGGUUAUAGAAAAUUCGAAGAGAUUUUUUUGAGUUGAGUCUUUAAUGGAAUUAUGUUGCUACAAAAUGUAUGGUUCAUGUAAUGUACCUCCUUUUACUAGCGGUGGAACAGAGCGGAGCAAGUUUCAAACCAA